UCGCUGGUGGUGUGAUUUCUAAAGGGGGUUAAUGAGUAAUAUCCGCACAAUCGAGCAGGAGUAUUUCGAGCGCAACAUAUAGCGUGGCAGCAGUGAAGGGAACGUUUUCAUACCUCAACAACCACUUUUUCUCCACCCUACAUUAUUAUCUUUUACACAAGGUGAUGUAUAACAACGGAACCGAAAUUAUUCAAACAAUAACUUUGAAAUAUUGAGCCAGAGAAAAGAGAAAGAAUCUAAUCAACUGAAAUAAACAAAAGGAAAUGGAGAAAAGAGAGGAAGAAAAUAGUUUUCAAAUGAAUUAAAUUUUUAUUGUGAAGAUAUUGGCUGUCCUUCAGUCGCGAAAGCGGAUAUUGUUUUAUUGAAAAAAAAAAAGAAGUAAUAUGGGAAAAAUCAUUCAUUUAAAAAAAGGCCAGAUAAAGGUGAACAAUGUAUAUUAGUUAAAAGUGAGAAUAGGGCAACAGAUGAAGCAAAAGCCGCCACGCCCGCCCCACUACUAAACCAAAGGGGGUGAUAGUACAACGUCGGUGUUUGGCGCAGUCGCCUCAGCAACUUUAAUGCAACCAGUCUUGCCUUGAAGUGUAUAGAUAGGACGACUCUUCGUUUCACCCAGCCCUCUAAAUAACCGAUAAUUUACAUCAUCGAGAGUUUAUAUUAGAAGUACAGACAAUCAUUGUAGCUGCAUAAUAUCAAAUUGUUCAGCUGAAUUUCAAUCCCGUUGGCACUCGACAGCUGCAUUUAUCCCAUCAUCAUGGGCCUCAGUUGAUAUUUUUCAACGCUACUGUGGACUCCUCAUAUGCUGAUCUGAGGGCGGAAAAAAAGGGCGGGGGUGGGGGGGAUUCUACCAAGAAAUUGAAAAAAAAAAACUAGAAAGCCAAAGUGUUUGACUACUUUUUCUCUUCAAUUAGCACAGUGAAAUGAAAUUGAGUUUAGUGAGUACAAUGGAAAUAAUGGAGUUGACUUUCGUGAAUAGAAUAAUUGAAAGAUCAUGAAAAUAAUUGAUGAACUCUGUGGAAUUGAUGAAGAUGGGUAUCUGUGAUUAUUUUUAUUUAACAAUUUUUAUGAAUAAUUCGUCUGAUAAGAAUUUCGAGCCGGUUUUGACGUGAGUUGAGAGUGCGACUGGUGUCACGUCGAGGGAUACGGCGAGAGAAGUGGAGGGAGUAUUAAAACUGCUGUGUGGUGACGGCUCCAUGUCACGUUGUACGAGGCACAACAAACAAGACAUCAAAAUUUCCAGUUUUUUCAGGAUGAAAAAUCAUUGAUUUAUCAAAGGAGUAAUUGAUGCUCAAGGAAUUCACAAAUUUCCAGAGGACAAAUAAUUGUUCAAGGUGCAUUGCAACCCCAUUGGGGGUUAACUCUCAUUGGUCACAAUGGCGGAUGACGAGGUGCUCUUCGACGAUGUUUACGAGCUCUGUGAAAUUAUUGGCAAGGGACCAUUCAGCGUAGUACGAAAAUGCAUCCUCCGUCAGACUGCCCAAACGUUUGCAGUUAAAAUCGUAGACGUUGCAAAAUUUACCUCUAGUCCUGGAUUGAGUACAGCUGAUCUCAAACGUGAGGCAACAAUAUGCCACAUGCUGAAGCAUCCACACAUUGUAGAGCUCCUCGAGACAUACAGCUCAGAAGGAAUGCUCUAUAUGGUGUUCGAGUAUAUGGAUGGACCUGAUCUCUGCUUUGAAGUCGUGAGACGUGCCUCAGCUGGAUUUGUUUACAGCGAGGCAGUAGCUAGUCACUACAUGCGACAAAUCCUCGAAGCCCUGCGUUAUUGCCACGAAAACGACAUCAUUCACCGAGACAUAAAACCACAGUGUGCCCUUCUAGCUGGAAAAGAAAAUUCAGCUCCAGUUAAAUUGCGAGGCUUCGGUGUAGCAAUGCAACUGCCAGCUCCGCAAAAUAAUGGCGUCGAGACUUACACGACCGAGUAUCGACAGUAUCUGAGCCCAAAGGGGCAGCUGUACUUGAAGGCGGACAGUGAGGGGAGAGUGGGAGCUCCUCACUUUAUGGCACCAGAAGUCGUGCAGUUACGAAGAUAUGGUAAAUCCGGCGAUGUGUGGGCUGCUGGAGUUCUACUGCACAUUCUUCUCACUGGUACAAUGCCCUUCAUUGGGUCUGGGGAUCGCCUGAGGCUGUCCAUUGAAAAAGGAUUUGUACAAACGGACACUCCCACAUGGGAUAACAUUAGUGGACCAGCUAAGGAUUUGAUAGAGCGAAUGCUCGUGAAAAAUCCGAACAAUCGUAUCACCAUUCAAGAAGUUCUCAAUCACAAGUGGUUACGUGACAGAGACAAGGGUGCAGCUCGUGUACAUUUAAGUGAAACAAUAGAUGAACUCAAAAAAUUUAAUGCUAGAAGAAAACUGAAGGAGGCCGUCAAAGCAGCUGUCUCCUCACCAAAGUGGCAUUCGGAUAUGAAUGGCGAUAGUUUUUUGGAUGUUGGUGAUGAUGACGUCUGCACAACAGAGGCUGUGGCUCAAAUUUUAGAUUCUUUAGAUGACAUUGAAAUAUUGCAGGAGAGUAGUAGAUUAACACCCCUCGAAAUUCUGUCAGCUGUGGAUGACUUCUGGCUCCGGAGAAUUCUUGUGCUGUAUGAUAAGAUUUCGACUAAAGUAUCAACGCCAACACGACCACCUCCCACCGAUGCUGUACAACGUUUGCGAGAAGUUGAGGAAUUUUUGCGUGAAGCUGAACACAUGGCAUUUAGGAACCUUGAUCGAUGUGACCUCAGAGAACUUCAGGAGCUGCUCAAUCAACCACACAUGAAGACACUUCUGCAGGCGCACGAUGUAGCGGGCCAUGAAGUUUACGGUGAGGGAGCAUCAAGAGUCACCCCACCACCCUUACUACCCUAUCUCAAUGGAAGUGACGACAUUGAGGGGCAAAAUGGAGAUAUGGAUGUGGAGAAUGUCACGCGAGUUAGACUAGUGCAAUUUCAAAAAAAUACUGAUGAACCUAUGGGGAUUACAUUGAAAAUGAAUGAAGAUGGUAAAUGCGUGGUAGCGCGAAUAAUGCACGGUGGAAUGAUUCACAGACAAGCGACCCUUCACGUUCUCGAUGAGAUUAAAGAAAUUAAUGGAAUUCCAGUCGCCAAUCAAUCCGUCAAUGCGCUACAAAAAAUGCUCCGUGAGGCGAGAGGAUCAGUGACAUUCAAAAUACUACCAUCGUACAGGAUUGCACCGCCCCCCUGCGAGGUACAAUUGUUCAGGAUUAGGCCUCUGCCAGUAUUAAUAUUCGUUCGAGCGCAGUUCGAUUACGAUCCUCUCGAGGACGAGCACAUACCGUGUGCCCAAGCUGGCAUUGCAUUUAAAACGGGCGACAUAUUGCAAAUAAUUAGCAAGGAUGAUCAUCAUUGGUGGCAAGCGAGGAAAGACAAUGCCGCGGGCUCAGCUGGUCUCAUACCAUCCUCAGAAUUACAAGAAUGGAGAGCUGCUUGCAUGGCGAUGAAGAAAAAUAAGCAGGAACAAGAUGCAGAAGGAGAGGGCGGCUGUUCUCCUCACACCGAGGGCUGUGACAGCUCGACAGUCAAUUGCUCAAUUUUUGGCCGAAAGAAAAAACAGUAUAAGGAUAAGUACCUUGCCAAGCACAACGCUGUUUUUGAUCAGCUGGAUCUGGUCACAUAUGAGGAGGUUGUUAAAGUACCUCACGAAGCCUUCCAACGCAAAACCCUUGUUCUCCUUGGGGCUCACGGUGUUGGUCGUCGGCAUAUUAAAAAUGCCAUUAUCUCCAAGCAUCCUGAUAAAUAUACCUAUCCUAUUCCACAUACAACGAGGCCUCCACGAAAUGACGAAGAAAAUGGUCGCAAUUAUUAUUUCGUCUCUCACGACGAGAUGAUGGCGGAUAUUAGUGCCAAUGAGUACCUGGAGUACGGAACUCAUGAGGAAGCAAUGUAUGGAACAAAAUUAGAGACAAUUAGGAAAAUCCAUGAGGAGGGAAAAAUGGCGAUUCUGGAUGUUGAGCCCCAGGCAUUGAAAAUAUUACGAACAGCGGAAUUUGCACCCUACGUUGUAUUUAUCGCCGCACCAGUGGUUCAAAAUAUGAAUGAUUACGAUGGCAGUCUCGAGAGACUCGGGAGGGAGUCGGACCUUCUGAAGCAAUCGUACGGUCAUUUUUUCGAUUUUACAAUCGUUAAUGAUGAUAUCGAGGAGACGAUUGGCCAGUUGGAGGCGGCGAUUGAGCGAAUACAGAAAACACCGCAAUGGACUCCUGUCAGAUGGGUGUACUGACAGCGGUCUCCAUCGACAAAUCCCACAGACUACAAUGGCUCAGCAUAGAAAAAGGGAGGAGAGUAAACCAAAAAAAAGUUAUUAGUUAAAUUAAAUCUAGUGAGAUGUUUUUUUUUCCAUGGAAUUGUAGGGAAUACCAGGGGUAAUCGAUACAGGGGUAGAAAAGUGAAUUGCAAGAGUGAUGACUGUCCCAGGAAACUUGAAAAUGAGAAAAAAAAGACGAACACUUCGGGUUUUCGUUGCUUUUGGGGAUUUUCUGUUAUGCCCAUUUUAUGGUGAUUGGUCGUUGAAUUAUUGGUGGGUGCGGAAAGAGAUGAAACUUAUGCAGAAAAUUAGGAAUUUGAACGAAAUGUUGGAGUCGUAAAGGUAAAUUAAACCUUGAAAAUGGGCCGACUUGAAGAAAUUUUCUGUGAUCGAGUGAAAUCAAGAAAUUAUAAUUAUUAUUUCUUGUUUUUCAUUUGUUCACAGCUUUUUAGUACAAUCGUGGCCGUGUGUUCAUGAUUGUCAAGUAUUAAUUAAUUAAUUACUCUCAAGGAUCAUCACAAAUGAUAAAAUAUGAAUCGAAAUCAGUAAGAAUAUUGUCAGACACGAAUUCACAUCGUACACUAUUCAAUCUGCAACCGUAAUUAAUUUAAUCUCAUUCUCGCAUUCUUCAUCUUUAUUUUAAUCACUAAUUAUCGUAGUACUUCCGGUAUCAACUGCUGCCUCGAGUUUAUUACUAAAAUAAUAUGGAAUGAAAAAGGAAAUUGUCGAUGGACUGAAGAAAAUUGUCGGCUCAUUUGUUUUCAUGGAAAUCAAAAAGAGAUUUUUAAAAAUAUAUAAAUUUUUGGCGAGAGCAUAUAAAAAGAUAAUCUCUCGAUUGAUUGAUUAUAAUUAUACCUAUUAUACACAAACUCAUGUUACUAACAAAAUUAGAAUGAAGGGAUUAAAAAAAAUGAAAAACUUCGUCUGGUAGCGAACUGAUUAAUUGCAAUAAUUAUAUUUCAAAGUAGAUAUGUAAUCAUCAGUCAAAUUAAUUAAUUACUUUUUAAGAGGAAAAAAAACAAAAAGAGAAUGAAGCUCGAAGAAAUUGAAAUAUUAGUGAUGUGUGCAUAAUACUCAAUCAUUUUACGAAAGCACUGUAAAUUUUUGAAAACGUACGAUGAAUCAGUGACGUUUGAAUCUGCUGUUGUAAUUAUAAUUUGAUUUUUUAUUGAAUGAAUUUUGAAAUUUUAUCAUUUUCAUCAUAAUAUAUAAUUAGCAAUUUAAGGGGAACGAAAAAAUGGAGUAUUUAAAAAUAAUGAAAACCAAAAUUAAACACGCAAUAUUGAUUGUAAUUACUGGAGAAGGAUUAAUUGUAGACAAAAAAAAACUAUUAUGCAUGUAUAUUAAAUUUUUAAAAAAAUUUGCAAUGUCAAGUGCAGCAUUACAAGAAACAUUACAUGCUCUCUCGAGUUGGUAAAUUAAUCGAAUUUUCUUUCCACUCUGUGCGCUUCUCUCCAAUUUAUUUGAAGCAUAAUUCAAAUCAAACACCACUCGAAAAAAGAACAAAAUAUCCUAAAAUAAAAAACUUAAAUAAACAAGAUGAAUAAAUGAACGAAAAUUAAUGGAUAAUCAGAUGUAAAACAAACAAAUGACAGCUUUCAACAAAGUCGCACUUUCCAAUUAACACUGCAACUAUAUUCUCAAUUAAUUUUUGACGCUCUUGGAUGAUGAAAUAAAUUUUUUUAUAAAAAAGGGUAAAAAUAAUUUGAAAAAUCUGUGGUAGGACAAAACAAUGUGAAAUCAAAUAGUGUCAACCUCAUAUAUUAAAUAAAAAUGGUGUAAGAGCCCGUCACAUGUGGCUUCUGAAACGCGUAAUUAAUCACUUAUCGAAUUAAUUGAUACCGAGGAAAAAAGGGCGAGUGGGGAAAAACGAUGGAAGAAAAAGAAUGAUUACCAACAUUGUAAAAAAAAACGAUUGUGCCGUGUAAAUGAAAAUGAGGGUUUAAUUGAAUGAUUUUUAACGACAAGAGAAAUCCAAUUACCAAAAAAAAAUAAAAUACGGAAUAAAAUGAUUUUGUAACAUUUUAUUAUAAGUUGUAGCGGCCAUUGUCUGGUGACUUAUUAGAAAAUGACUGACAGUUGAGGAAAACGAAGCAAAAUUAUUGACGAUUCAAUCCAAAAUGAAACAAAAAUAUGUUAGAAAGCGACGAACAUCGUGAAUCAACGUAACGAAAAAUGCGUAACUAUAUCACGACAUUGAAAAGAUGAAAAAAAAAAAAACACAAAGUUAAGCUUAAAAAUGAAAAUGAAAACGUUGAAAGAUGACGGGUCUAAAGAAAAUUAAAGAAAAAAAAACAAUAAACAGUUCAUUAUAAUUAUGUAAUUAUAAAUGAGCAGAAUGAAGAUUAUUAUAAUACGUUGUUAAUUGAAUUAAUAAAACUAGCCCAGAAAUAUGACAGAUUA